AUGGGUGGUUUUUACAUGCAGUACCUGGAGAGCCUUUGCCGUCGGCGCGGAUGGACAGACCCCUCCUACGAAUGCUACCGAGGCAACAACGGCUUCACUUGCCUUGUUCUCGUAAACGGGCGUGAGUACCAGACGGACCUGGCCUACGAGUCGGACGUCCUCGCGCAGGAGAACGCUGCCAUGCGUGCCUUUAUGGUCUGCCGGAACUUUUCCGUCAAUGGCGGCAUGCUCGCCCGCAACGGCAUCGUCCAAGGACUCCCCGCCACGUCGGACACGGGUCGUCGCCGCAAGAGCCGUCACACGUCGUCGCGUGACAGCAGCGGCAGCCAUGGCCGUCGCUCUGGGAACCACUCGAGCAGCAGCUCCACUGCUUCCUUCGACUAG